AGCUAGGGUUUUCUCUCUCUCACUUGCUAACCCGGUAAGACCUUGUUUUAUUCCCCCGCCAAAACCCUAGAAAUCUCGAUUUUUCAAUUUCUAGGGCUUCUGCGACAAUCAAAAACCGAAAAGGAGCAACAAUGUUACUGCUAUGAGUCCGUCAGUGCACCAUAGAUCUCCGGUCCGCCGACACUCAUCUGAUCACGCAGAUUCCCCGGUGAGGGGAAGGUCAUCUCCUGCUCGCAGGAGGAGCUCCCCUAGAAGAGAAAGAUCCCCAGUCAGGCAUAGGAGCUCCCCCCGAAUGGAAAGAUCGCCUGCACGGCAGAGGAAUUCCCCGAGACCAAGAUCGCCUGUCAGGACUAGUUCUUCCCAUAGGACUAGGUCACCUCUAAGGGAAAAGUUGCCUGGUCGUGUUAGGUCUCUGAAACACGUGAGGUUGGGCUCGCCAGUUGCCCGAUCUCCUUCUCCGCGUACUAAACGGUUGGGGCGAGCUCAGGCGGAGAGGGAGACGAAUAAGGUGACGGAGAGGGCGAGAUCUACCUCACCAGUUUCUGGGUCUCCUUCUCCACGCACCAAACGGCUGAGGCGGGCUCAGGUGGAGCGGGAUGUCGAUACGGUGAUUGAGAGGGAGCGGGAGGGACAUAGCAGCAGGGAUGGGGAUAAAGGGAGGCACAGAGAAAGAGGUGCAGAUAGGGAAGUUCCAAGCGAGAGGAGGUCAACGCGGGAUAAAAAUGAUGGCGGGCCUUCGAGAUCAAGAGAUUUGAGACAUGGGAAUUCAACUUCUCCUAAAGAACGUGGGCAUAGGAGCAGAUACCAUUCUCGGUCACCUCUGAGGCCUUCCAAUACUGGAGCAAGUGACGAGGAAACACAUGCAAGAGGAGAUGAACAACGGGAUGGUGAGUACGACGAUUCAGUAUCUAAAAUGAAGGCUGCCGAGGAGGCCUUGGAGGCAAAGCAAAAGCAAAAGCCUUCAUUUGAGCUGUCUGGGAAGCUGGCUGCAGAAACCAAUCGGGUACGAGGUAUCACUUUGCUAUUCACAGAACCACCUGAUGCUCGGAAACCAAAUGUAAGGUGGCGGCUGUAUGUUUUCAAGGCUGGUGAAGUGCUGAACGAGCCGCUAUACGUGCAUCGCCAGAGCUGUUAUCUCUUUGGGAGAGAAAGGAGGGUGGCCGACAUCCCCACAGAUCACCCAUCUUGCAGCAAGCAGCAUGCUGUUAUCCAGUUUAGGCUCGUAGAGAAGGAGCAACCUGAUGGCAUGAUGUCAAAGCAACCGAGAAUAUGUUAUCUUACACGAGAACUCGACAGAUUGAAGGGUGCCAGUCUUACUUCGGCAUUUCUGAGGCUGCUGUGCUGUGUGUGGUGGCAUGCAUGGAAUUGGUGGAAUCUUUGUUUAUGCAGAUUUAGAUGCCAUUUUCGCCAAGUCAGGCUGGCAGAUGGAAUUCAACUAUCACAUGCUUCCCCUGAAUUUCAAGUGGUAACUGGUGCCAGAAUCAGCCUCGUAAUCUGCAUUUUCGUGCAUUUCUCAUACCCGAAGAUUCUGUGUUUUGCAGAAGAGAGUGGUAUUUUUUGUGUAUCACUUGAUCAUUUUCAACAAAAUGGUGUUUGAUUAUUCUAAAGACAACAUACAUUAUGGGUUUGGUUUCA